GGGGGCGGAGCCGCUCUGAAUCAGGAACAAUCCUCACAGCCUUUUCUCUCCAGAAACUGAAAUUCACCUUCGGGAUGCUGUAAUGUUUUUCUGAACAGACUUCGCACCUCUGACGUUUUGACCUAUAAGAAAUGCCAACAUGGGCUCCAAGUGGAAGUUCAGCACCGCAGAGGGAGCUCGGAGAAAGCUGUCUUUGUGCCUUUUAGCCAGCCUGUCCGUUUGCUUCUGCGUUUGCGGAGCUGAAGACAGUGCGAUGGAGAACAUCGUGACAGAGAAGAAGGCUGAAGAAAGCCACCGACAAGACAGCGCCGACUUACUCAUCUUCAUUUUGCUCCUCACCCUCACCAUCUUAACCAUAUGGCUGUUCAAACAUCGUCGCUUCAGGUUUUUACACGAAACGGGCCUGGCUAUGAUAUAUGGAUUGCUUGUUGGGGUUGUGCUACGCUAUGGGAUCCAUGUUCCCCGAGACAUUAACAAUGUCACACUGAGUUGCCAUGUCAAUUCCAGUCCGGCCACACUGCUGGUAAAUGUCAGUGGCAAGUUCUAUGAGUACACGCUGAAGGGUGAGAUCAGUGCCAAUGAAGUCAGUGACGUUCAGGACAACGAGAUGCUUCGUAAGGUAACCUUUGACCCUGAAGUGUUCUUCAAUAUUCUUCUGCCUCCGAUCAUAUUUCAUGCUGGGUACAGCCUAAAGCGGAGACAUUUCUUUAGGAACAUGGGCUCCAUUCUGGCUUAUGCUUUUGUAGGAACAGUGGUGUCCUGCUUCAUCAUUGGGUUACUGAUGUAUGGCUGUGUGAUGCUGAUGAAGCAGAUUGGCCAGUUGGGCGGGGACUUCUUUUUCACUGACUGCCUGUUCUUUGGUGCCAUUGUGUCAGCCACUGACCCAGUGACAGUCCUGGCCAUCUUCAAUGAGUUGCAGGUGGAUUUUGACCUCUAUGCUCUACUGUUUGGAGAGAGUGUUCUGAAUGAUGCUGUUGCUGUGGUGCUGUCCUCGUCCAUUGUUGCAUAUCAGCCUGAGGGAGACAACAGUCAUACAUUUGAAGCCAUGGCUGUGCUGAAGUCCUUUGGCAUCUUUCUGGGCGUCUUCAGUGGCUCCUUUGCUCUCGGAGUGGCAACUGGGGUAAUGACAGCUUUGGUCACCAAGUUUACCAAGCUGCGGGACUUCCAGUUGCUAGAGACAGCAUUGUUCUUCCUCAUGUCCUGGAGCACGUUCUUGUUGGCAGAGGCCUGCGGCUUCACAGGUGUGGUAGCUGUUCUUUUCUGUGGGAUCACUCAGGCCCAUUACACAUAUAACAACCUUUCCCCUGAAUCACAGGACAGGACCAAGCAAUUAUUUGAGCUACUGAACUUCCUGGCAGAGAACUUCAUCUUUUCCUACAUGGGCCUCACCCUGUUCACCUUCCAGAACCAUGUCUUCAACCCCAUCUUUAUACUGGGAGCAUUUCUGGCCGUGUUCCUGGGCCGUGCAGCUAAUAUCUACCCGCUCUCCUUCCUGCUCAACUUGGGCCGCAGAAACAAGAUAAGCUCCAACUUUCAGCACAUGAUGAUGUUUGCAGGUCUGCGAGGAGCCAUGACCUUUGCCCUCUCAAUCAGGGACACAGCCACGUAUGCACGACAGAUGAUGUUCUCCACCACACUACUGGUGGUCUUCUUCACUGUGUGGAUCUGUGGAGGAGGCACCACUCAGAUGUUGUCCUUCCAGCACAUCCGUGUUGGAGUCGACUCGGACCAGGACAAUUCAGUAAGUGCAUUUUUAAUUAUGCAUGAAGACAAUACUGAAUGCAUUAUAUUAUUUAUAUCAACUCUAAUGCUAUUUAUGGGUGUGUUUCUGCAGAUUGGCCCAGAUGGAAUAGAGAGGAGGAGCACCAAACAGGAGAGCGCCUGGUUAUUUAGGAUCUGGUACAACUUUGACCACAAUUACCUGAAGCCGAUUUUGACUCACAGUGGGCCUCCACUCACAGCCACACUGCCAGCCUGCUGUGGCCCCCUGGCCCGAUGCCUUACCAGCCCGCAGGCCUAUGAGAAUGAGGGACAGCUGAAAGAUGAUGACUCGGACCUCAUCCUGAACGAUGGCAACAUCAGCCUGACGUACGGUGACAUCACCGUGAGUACAGACGCCACAGGCACACGCACCAGUGGCCAACCAGUGGGUGGAAUCAACUCAGAUGAGGCUCUGGACAGAGAGCUGACCUUCGGUGACCAUGAGCUGGUGAUUCGGGGCACACGCCUGGUCCUGCCCAUGGAUGACUCAGAGCCACCCCUGCCUCGGGACCCCCGCCACCACCGGGAGCUUUGAACUGCAUGGCAAAAAAACAAAAAACAAAAUCACGUGUGACACGGCUGAGUCUAAGGCAUUCCUAUCCAUCUGUCCCCCCCUCUCUUUCACCCCUACCACCACUAUCUGGAGUGAUCCCUCUAUGCCUCUUUCUCUCUUUAUCUUCACCCUUCUGCUCUCUCUGACGUGACUGGUUUGAUGUCUCUACCUCAUUUGUCACUUUUCUUUCGUUCCUCUAAAGGUGUCAGUGUAACUUGUCAGUUCUUGCCAUCCAUCCUCUUUGUGAACUGUUCUGCGUCUCUUUUCUGCAGCUUGGCUGUUGAGCAGAACCUGCAGCGUCUCGCGGCAUUGUGGCAUUGUCGGCCUGCUCUACUUUCUCACCGCCUCAAAAGUUACUGUGAGAAGCGACGUGGCAGUUCUUUGUUGUCUUUAUAGCAAGGUGUAAAAUAGGUACAACCUGCCAUGUGUGUUAGCUUUGUGCUUUCUUCGGGUGGUGAGAGCUGUUUUGAGGAGGAUUUGGGUCAGUGGUAAAGUUCUUGGGAUCUUUACACUUUCAAACUGCUUUCUCUUUAUGAGAGUUGAAACAGAGGCAUGCUAACUGGAUGGCUCUGUGUUUGCUGUGCAGUUACAAUCAAGUGCCUGUUGAAUGUAGUUUUUCAUUUUCUCUCAGAGUAAAACAACACUGUCUGCCGUCCACUAGGGGGAGUCCUUGUGUUUUGGUACUGAGCUUACCUGUGUGGCUGAACUGAGGGCUUGUGACUGGCUGCAAGAGGGACGUUAUUGCAUACUUGCCGUAAUUUGUAAUUGGCUACAGAAGAAUGCCUGUCAGUCUGUGUAAUUAAAGGGCCUGGAUCUCACAUAUUGACCUUUGACUGUGACUCUCUGGGAGUUUUACACCUUGUUAUAUAUAUUCAUGUGGUCAGCAGUGAGAUGUUCUUUUAUUGAUGGUCAUGGGGCAAAAGCUGAGGCCAUUUGCCCUAAUUUGUUAACAUUGUUCAAACACAGAAAACUGUCAGCCUCGAUAUGUUCCUAUUAAUUUCAACAUACAGUAAUAAACCACUGAAAUGACUCAGUCAUGUUUAAAUAUGAAUGUCUUAACAUAAUCCAUUGUCUCUAUUAAUAGUUCAAACCAAACAAGAACAAAAAGUCUUUUUUUUUAAAAAAAAAAAAAACUUGCCUGUGCUUUUUUUUUUUGUGGUUUAGAGCCACAUAGUGCAGACAUACAAGGACAGAGUAAAGAAGAAAACGCAGUUAAUAGCAGUUUGCUUGAUCUCUUAGACCUUUUUUUAUGUUCUUUUGCAUGAUGUGUGCUGUGUGGAGAUGAAUCGCAGUGUGUUCUCCCAUAUGUUUUUUGUGGAGUUUCUAUGGAUUUUAUAACUAAUUGAGAUACUGUUGUCAGAUGUUGUGGAAUGUCACUGCACCACAAAUGCCUUGUAAGUCUAAGUGUAUAGGUUAAUUGUCUGAUUUUAGAUGUGGUCUAAAAGGGCUGAGUGAGCAGAUAUUAGGUAUUUUGCUGUUUGUACUUUAGGUUGGAAAAAUGAAAAAAUGUCUAGGGGGGAAAAAAAGGCCAUUUCCUGUUAGCAGGGGUAUCAGGGUGUGGUGCAGUGACAAGAUGAACAACAAUCUUGAUGACUGUUAAGAAAAAAAAAUGUUGCAGUUGUAUGUAAUUACACUAUAUAAAUAUAUAUAUAUAGUGAACUGUAAGUAAAAUGAAUGCACUGUCUGUUAAAAUAUAAAACCCUGAAAACUUGACAGAGGAGCAAACAAACCCAUAUAGGAUACUUUUUUGCUGUUAUUUUUAUGUCUUCUAACAUUUGCCCUCUGCUGUUGGGGUUCCAGGGUUGAGUAGAAUGUGUGUGAACAGUGUGUGUAGUGGAGCUGCUGAGUGGAGCAGCACAUGCAGACGAGACACAGCCCUAAUUACAGUGUUGCUGUGGACGGAGGCCGGGACUGUUCUGGGCAGUUGAAGGAACAGGAGGGGGGGUGGGAGAGAAAGAGAGAGGGAGAGAGCAGCCGAGACCUUCCACACAGAGUUAUCUCCUGCCGUGCAGGACAUUUAGACUGAGGGCAUUGUGGGAUUUCUUGUAGGCAUGCCUGUUGAUAACAGGAACAGGGUGUUUAUAUUUGGAUGGUCGUGAGGUGAAGGAGUUGAGUAUGAUUGCAGUUUUGCACUUUUGUUUUUUGCUUGUUCUUGCCUUGUUCAUUUGUUGUUGUACCUUGAGAUAUCUACUAUUGUUUAUUUGUUUAUAUGGUGGAUUUUUUCAGAUGAAGGAAUGAGUAGACCUGUUUUUGUGGUAGACUGAGUUCCAUCUCCAGUUAUUUGUUCUUAGAAGGAGUUCAGUUGGCAAGUACCUCUUAAUACAUGCUGCCCUGACACCAACAGCAGCAAUGCCCAAAUGAUCUUUCAACAAAUUGAGUGCAAAUGGUUGCUUAUGAUCUUCUGAUGAGAUUCAUUCAUGAAAGGCUUAGAAUGCAAAACAUUCAGUGCUAAACUUUUUUGUGGCUUUUUUCCUGAUUUGUUCAUUUUUCUAAUUGGUACAAAAACUGGACUGACAAUAUUACCAGGUACUGAAAUGUUGUUAUGGUGAUUCCUGUGUAUGAAUGAGACUACAUUGACUAACAAAAAUGCUUUUUUUGGUUCCCCCUGUUUCAACCAGAGUGAUAGCUCAGAUGUUAUAAUGGACAGACUUAAAGACAGUGGGUUAAUCUGCAUCCAGCUCUACUACUCUUUUGCUGUUUGUACAGGAUAACUUGCAGUUGGCUUCAGUGUUCAUGACCACCGACAAAUUUGGUGACAGCUUAAUACCGUGGUACCCUUGGCAUGUCCAAAGUAGCAGAAAGAGGCAGACGGACCCUCGGAUGCCGUAUAUAUGAUGUUUUUAACUGAUAUGUAGCUGAGUGCUAGACACACGAUGUGCAGCCUCUGUUCUUACAUGUUGCAGGUACUGACUGUUUACAUCUGUGUAAAUAUUCUCAUCUGUUCAUGUGCGUGCAAUGGUCAAUAAACAGAAGUCUGCUUUCGAUUAAA